ACUCCCUGCUGUCGGCAACGUGGUGUGAGACGUUUCCCUUCCUUCUAUCACCGGGAGAUAUUUAUGCGACUCCGGACACCGACAUGUCGUCUGCUCUUCCGUGACACUCGACAGUAGCAAUCAAUCAUAAUCCUCCACCAUGAAGCUCCUCCACCCCAUCCUCCUCCUCCCGGUGCUUCUCCGCUCGACAGCAGCAUACACCCCGCUCUCCGACGCGACCCUCCGCUCGCUCCCUUCUCCAGACUCCGACUUUGACAUCGAGACCGGUGCCCUCCUCGCUCCCAUCCUCCGCACUCGCGUCCCCGGCACCGAAGGCUCCCGCGCAGUCCUCGCUCACUUCGUGGACUUCUUCACGACCAAACUCCCAGAAUGGAAACUCUCCAUUCAGAAUUCCACAUCGACCACACCGACCUCCAACGGCGAAGAGCUUCCCUUUCACAACCUCAUCGCAACCCGUGAUCCGCCAUGGGCAGAAGACGGAGAUGUAGGAAGACUAGCACUGGUAGCCCACUACGACAGUAAACUCGAGCCGAAAGGCUUCAUCGGAGCAACGGACUCAGCCGCACCAUGUGCUAUGCUCAUGCACGCGGCGCGCAGCAUAGACGCGGCAUUGACGAAGAAGUGGGCACAAAUGCAGGCUGAAGGAGCAGCCGACUCGCUGGAUGAGGAGGGGCAUAAAGGCGUGCAGAUCAUUCUACUGGAUGGAGAAGAGGCAUUUCAUUCAUGGACGGAUACGGACUCGCUGUACGGUGCGAGAUCGCUGGCGGAGGAGUGGGAAGGCACAGCGUACGGAGCGUUGAGCACAUAUCGAUCACCACUGGCGUCGAUAGAUUUGUUCGUGCUGUUGGAUCUACUGGGUUCGAAAAGUCCGAAAGUGCCGAGUUACUUCAAACUCACGCACUGGGCGUACAAACUCAUGGCGGACGCGGAGAAGCGGCUGAGGGAAGUAGGUAGGUUCAAGAGCUCGCCGAACCACGCUUCCAAGGCGAAGAGGCGCGCUGCGGCGGGACUAUCGCGAGCUGCAGAGCCGAUGUUCUUGUAUGAGGGCGGGAAGGAUGAUACGAGUUAUUGGUCCGGAGGAGGCGUGUCGGACGAUCAUCUACCGUUCAUGGCGAGAGGGGUGGACAUUUUGCAUAUCAUCACGAGUCCGUUUCCGAAAGUGUGGCAUAAAAUGGAGGACGAUGGGGAGCAUUUGGAUAUGGAUACGGUGGAGGACUGGGCGUUGUUGACGAUUGCAUUUGCGGCGGAGUGGCUGGAUCUGGAGGGAUACAUGGAUGCGCAAAACGAGUCGGUGGAGAGGGAGGUAGAGUUCGAAAAGUCUGAGCUAUCGAAUGAAGAUCGAUGAAGUGGAGACUCUCGAUUGCCAGAUUGGCACUUGGCUAUGCUUGCCCUUCAAUACCGCAAGGGUCCCUUGCGUGACCGCCAACAGGGUUCAUUGCACUGUGUGCUUCGCACCCUGGUCAGAUCCACGACCAUUGAAUGUCCGCAGGCAACACCACCUCAUCGGAUGACUGUUUGGCGAAGUCUUCAGGAGCAAGGUGACUGUGCAAGCCUUCCUUUGCGAAAGCCCAAGCCACGAUAUCGCUUCACGAGUCCAGAUGGACAUGGAUUACAACCAACGAGACGAGAGACGAAGAAUGAAAAUGAUUGCGUAAAACUAUACAGUUCCGGAGCAAGCACAGCUGCAGAACUCCGAGAGCCAAAAGGAAUGG